AUGACGACCGAGACCGGAGCUAUUAUCUAUAAGGCCUUUGCGCCCACGAUCAAGAUGAUGAUCUGUAUAGGUCUGGGUAUAGUACUCACUAAGAAAUGUAAUUUCCAACCGGUCAAUGCCAAGGGUGUCAGUAUACUGAGUUUGAACAUCUCAUUACCGCUCCUGAUAUUCGGUUCGAUGGUUUCCGCCUUUACCCCUGAGAAUAUCAAGGCUUUCGGACCUCUGUUCAUGGUUGCUGUAGUAUAUCAAUUGAUAGGUCUGCUAUUUGCGGUGAUCACUAGAGAAUUGUUUUAUGUACCUAAAGAUUUCCAUCAUGGUAUAUUGGUGUUGGGAAUGUUAUCGAAUUGGGGUAAUUUGCCAACCGCUGUUGUUCAGACCUUAGCCAAAAGCUCCCCAUUCGAUCCUGAUACUGAUGUGGAACUAGGUGUUGCCUAUAUUGCCGUUUUCGUCUUGGUGAUGACGGUUACAUUGUUUCCUCUCGGUAUGCACAAGAUGUGUGCUUGGGAUUUCCGCGAAGAUAACUUGCUGGGACCACGCCCUUUACCCAUCAAAGAACGCUGGGUUCAGAGAUUGAGUAGCGUCAAGUCGAUCUUUCGCCCAUCAAAGAUAAAGGAAGACGAUGAGGAACAGGGUGAAAAGCGACAUGAUAGUGAGAUGACCUUGAGCUCUUCCGAGAACACCCCAGCAUCAGCUUCCGAUGAAGUAGCUCGACCAUCGCACGGAGUAUCAAAAGCCAGUAAAAGGACAUCGUCAAAUGAUGUAUAUGACGAUCAAGAGGAAUCCGGAGAUACGGUAGCUCCAGAUUUGGUUUAUCGAGCAAGAUUCGCCGGAGGAGCGGAUAUGUCAAGAAAGAAAUCCCGAGCAUCAUCAUUCCAUUCUCUCAUGGAAUCAACCCGUCCGAUCCCACCUACCGCUCCUUUAGAAGCUAGUGGUAUUGCCGAACCAUGUCAGGAUCCAAUAUCGCCUAAUCCGAAUCAACUCAACCCAGUUUGCUCUCAUCACGGUGGCGAAAGUUACAAUUAUCAUCAUUUGGCUACUCCCGCACCUUCCAUUCAUACACCUAAGAAACCUCUGAAGCAGAGAAUAUGGAAAUACCUCGAACCAUUUUUAACGCCUUUCAUGGCUGCAAUUGUUUUGGGCAUCAUCUGUUCGACCGUACGACCCAUCAAGGCAUUAUUGGUACCUGUUGAUGGCUGGUCGGUAACCAGGAUACCUAAUGCUCCGAAUGACGAACCACCGUUGUCGUUCAUAAUGGAUACGGCAACUUUUUUGGGUGGGAUUUCCAUUCCAGGUGGAUUGGUCUUGCUGGGUGCGAGUUUCGGUAGAUUGAAAUUGCCCAAAAAAUGGAGUGAUAUACCUUUUGCUGCUAUACUGGCUAUGACGAUUUUCAAGAUGGUUAUAUUGCCUUUGAUGGGAAUAUUCUUCAUCGAAGGCUUAAGGGAUCAUACUGAUCUUUACCCAAAAGAGGAUAAGAUGCGUACAUUCGUAGCUAUCCUUUUAAGUGGUACACCUUCCUCUGUAAACCAAUUGGUCAUAACUCAAUUGUAUAAUCCUAAUGGAACUGCCGAUACUUUAUCUACUUUCUUGCUUUUACAAUAUAUAAUGAUGCCUAUCCUGUCGACUGCCCUUGCCGCGAUAGCUCUCUUUGUAGUGAAGUAG